CGCCCCCCGCCCCGCCGCGCGCCCUUCCCGCCAAUAAAACGGCUCCGACCCUGGCUCCGCCUCCUCCUUCCGCGCGGGGCGGCGCGCGGCGCGGCGCACGUGGCCGGGGCGUGUGGGAGCGGGGCCGCCGCGUGCGGCCGCCGUUACGUAACCGCGCGGGGCGGGGGCGCGGCGCCUGGCGGCGGCCUGCUCGGCACCCGGCGCGGCCUCCCCCGCCCGCAGCAGGUAGGGGCCGGCGGGAGAGAGGAGGCGAGCGCGGGGGGGAGUGGAGCAGCUGGGGGUCUCCCGUCCGCGGUCCGCGCUGGCGAGCCGCUGGUGCUGUCCGAGCGUCGGAAGAGGGGGAGCGAGGAGCAGCAGCCCUGAUGCCCGCCUGGCUCGGCGGCGGGGGGGGGACGGCGCCUCCCGCGUUCCCUUGAGGCGGCGUUUGUCUUUCCUGCAGAUGAGGCGCCAGGCCCGGCCCCGGUAGUAAAAGGUGAGGGUCUGGGGGUGCUGAGGAGCCAGGCUGCGGCGGCCGAUGCCCCUGUGCGGUCGCCUUCUGCGGAUUAGAGAUGGAUGUGGGCAAGCGUCCGGGCGGCAGCUCGGAGCACGGCGCGGGUUGGUCGCCGGCUGGCGUGACGGGAGACGGGCGAGAGGCGGCCGUCAGCCCGGCUGGCGGUGACAGACAGGAGGGAGAGUGUCGGCGGGACACGGACUUGCGAUGUACAAUGUAUGCGGGAACCAUCCCCGGCGGAGAACGGCUUAACGGGCCGGACGCAAGCAAAACGGACCUCGGCGGCCGUGAGUCGGACGGCUGCGCAGCGGGAAGUUUGGUGGAGCAUCGCGGAGCUAACAGUGAGCAACUGAAUUGGAGUCAGUCACACAAAGAUAUGGUAAUGAUGAUCCAAGAAAUGAAGAAGUGUUUGCCUGAAGAGAAAAGGAGUUCCAGCAAGCCCAGUACCAUCAGUGCUCUCAACUAUGCCUUGCAGUGUGUCCAACAAGUGCAAGCAAACAAUGACUUUUUCCAGGCUCUGAAUGACCGAAGAGUGUUUCAAACAGAUGUGAUGACAUACAGCAUAGAAGAUUUGGUGGCAGUUGCAUCUGAACACACUCCAAAAAACACUGACACGUUUGUGGCUGUGUUCUCCUUGCUUUCUGGACGCAUAGUGCAUAUUUCUGAGCAGGCUGCAGCCAUUCUGAACUGUAAGAAGAAAGUGUUGGAGUCCGCCCGGUUUGUAGAGUUGCUUGUCCCUCAGGACGUGAGUGUGUUCUACACACACACUGAUCAGUCCCACCUGCCACUUUGGAACAUGGAAAGUCAAACAGCUUCUCUGUAUGAGUAUGCCCAGGUGAAGUCCUUUUUCUGCAGGAUCAGGGGUGGUAAAGAUCAGGAACAAGAAACACGUUGUUACCCCUUCCGAAUCACCCCAUACUUGGUCCAUGUGUGUACUUCUGUCCACAUGGAUGCAGAAUCCUGCUGCUUAGCUUUGGCUGAGAAAAUUCACUCUGGAUAUGAAGCUCCUCGAAUUCCUAUGGAUAAAAGAAUCUUCACCACCACUCACACCCCUGGAUGUGUGUUUCUUGACAUAGAUGACAGAGCAGUGCCUUUGUUGGGUUACUUACCUCAAGAUCUAAUUGGAACAUCCAUCCUGCUGUAUCUGCACCCAGAAGAUCGUCCUUUGAUGGUUGCCAUUCACCGGAAAAUCCUGAAAUUUGCUGGCCAACCUCCUUUUGAACAUUUGCCUAUUAGAUUUUGUACUCAAAAUGGGGAUUAUGUCAUACUGGAUACCAGCUGGUCCAGUUUUGUGAAUCCUUGGAGCAGGAAAGUUGUGUUCAUCAUUGGCCGACACAAAGUCCGGACAAGCCCUCUGAACGAAGAUGUCUUUGCCCCAAGAACUAAAGAAAUGAGCCGUGUCGAGAAAGAGAUAAGAGAGCUGCAAGGACAGAUUUAUAAGCUGCUUCUGCAGCCAGUUCACAGCAAUGUUUCCAGUGGUUAUGGAAGCCUUGGAAGCAAUGGCUCUUACGAACAUUAUAUCAGCAUAGCAUCUUCAAGUGACUCCAAUGGGAACUGUGCAGAGGAAAUACAGGAACCAAUGACAUUGCAACAAGUCUGUGCAGAUGUCAACCGAAUAAAGAACCUGGGGCAGCAGCUGUAUAUUGCAUCGAGGAGCAAGCCACAGAAUGGAAAUGAGCAGGCUGUAAGUUCAGAAGUGCCAGGAGGGAAGAGGCACACCACUUCCUGUUUCCUUCAGGCACUGAGAAGUGAUAGCACAGAAGAGCCAGGCCACACAUUUUAUGACAAUUCAAAGAAGACUCCACACGUCCCUUCCUAUCAGCAGAUCAAUUGUGUUGAUAGUAUCAUCAGGUAUCUAGAGAGCUGCAGCAUUCCAGCACUGAAAAGGAAAUGUAAGUCUUCUGCAAAUGCAUCAUCGUCAUCUUCAGAAGAUGACAAGCAAGUCCAGCAAAGUCAGCAGGCGCUUGAGAUGUUGGAAGAUACUGAAAUGCUUUCAGCAGUUGAUUCCAAAACUCCAAUAUCUGCUGGUGGGGAAGAGAUGCUGAAAGAGCAGACAGCUUCAGGCAUGGUGGGAGCUCCUCUGGCAGACCUGACCCUGUCCAACAAGGCUCCGAGUGUGGUGUCUGUCACCAGCCAGUGCAGUUACAGCAGCACUAUAGUCCAUGUCCCACACCCUGAAUCAGUGACUACAAUGGAGGACACUACUGUUGGAAGUGAACAAAUUGAGCUGCCUGUAGUGAAUGCUCAGAAUCUUGCUGUGGUACCUGAGGACCUAAAGCCAGUUGGGCUAACCAAAGAGACUCUGUCAGCCCACACUCAAAAGGAGGAGCAGAACUACGUUGACAGGUUCCGCCAGAGGAUCUUGCUCUCUCCGUUUAGGACUUACCUUCAACAGGGGAGCAGAAGUAACAACGGACAUUCCUGUGGCCAAGGAGAUUCCCCUUCAAAGCAGAUGAGCCCAGCUAGCUGUAAAAAAGGCAAACAUGGAAAAUUCAAGCGCCAGAAACCUCAGAGAAAGUCCUCAGAUAGCCACUCUUCUAGUAAACAUAGAAAUAGUCUUCCAUGUGAGAAGAGGACAAUUCAGAAACAGUCAUUCUGUCUCUCAAAAGUGUCCUAUCUGAGUUCCUCCAAUAUGAAUGUCCUUCCUCCUAUGGGAAUUCCUGUUUGCUCGGAGCCAUUAUCUAAUUUUCCAGCUUCUUCUCUAGGAGAGGAGUUUGCCCCUCAGUCCUUAAAACCUGAGUCCAUGUCAUCAUUGCAAGUAUGCUGUGAAGCACAGUCAUGCCCAGCAUUUUAUCCCCCAAGCACAGGGACAUUCAUGGCUGUGCUUUUCCAGAGUUUCCCCACGUCUACUCCAAUGCCUCACUAUGUCUUUCUUCCUAGCCCUCAGUGUGUUUACCCUCCCUCUUCAUAUCCAUGCACUACACUACCUCCAGCCCCCCAUCCUGUUGCUCCAUCACCAGUAGCACCACAUUCUGUAGAUCAGCCCUUUCCAGCCUCUUCUGCCACAUCCAUGGAGGACCAGCAAGAGGGCCAGCAUCAUCAGGCCCUGCUGCUGAAUAGCUCACGGAGCAGCUCCCCACUGCAGCUGAAUUUGCUUCAAGAAGAGCUGCCAAAACCUAUGGAGCUUUCCAUUAGUACUGGUGUGAAAGCACAUGCAGAAACCAAAUGUGACAACAAUCCAGAAGAUAGUGGUAACAGUGCUAGCCAUUGUCCUUCUAGUGAAUUUGCUGACCGCUUGCUGUGCGAGGACUCCCAGUCGGGUACAGGUUCAGCAGCAUCAGGCAGUGGAUCAGCUCUUUCUGCUUCUUUAGGCUCUGGCUCCAAUGAGACUUCUGGUUGUGGCACAGCAUGUAGUGGAAAAAGCAGCAAGUAUUUUGCCAGUAAUGAUUCUUCUGAAGCUUCCAAAGAGGAGAAGAAUCAAGAAGCACAAGAAAAAAGGACAGCUCAUAAAUCCAAACAUGAGUCAACCUGGAUGAUGAUGGAUCACACACCUGAGCAAGUUCUAAUGACUUACCAAAUGCCAAACAGAGUUAAAGAGGAAGUUUUAAAGGAGGAUCUGGAGAAGCUGACAGUCAUGAGAAGGCAGCAGCCCUGGUUCACAGAUGGACAAAAGAAGGAGCUUGCAGAGGUGCACACAUGGAUCCGGACCCAGACUGUCCCGCUGCAAAUCAGCACCCAAGGCUGUGUGACCUGUGACAUCAGGGAAGCAAGGUGUGAGGCUGCAGUGGCUGAUGACAAUGUGAAAAACAAAGGGAAAUCACUUCCGCUCCUGCAAGAGUGAAGACAGCAGCACUUGUGUCAGUAAACCUGCUUGGUGCAAUUCCCAUCUGCUUUUCCUCUGGCUCUGCUACAUACCAGCAAUGAAAUCUGUCUGGCUGUCUCUUCCCAAAAUGAGCAGUCACACAUGAAACCAGAUCUUCCUCCAUUACCCCUUCACUCCUGGCCUGACUUUGGAGACAGUCUUUUACUGGGAAGCUGUUUCCCUUUGUGACCUCACAGAGUGGGUUGUGUUUCUAACUUUUGGUUGCAAACGAAAUGCAGAGGUGUUUGGGGCUUGGUUUGUUUGUUUGAACCUCACAAAUAAGAGUCUGGAAAGAUGCACUAAUUAAGAACCUGAAGUGAUGCACCUAAGAGGUACAGCACAUUUGCUCCCCAAGUAAGGUGGAAUGUGCCGGAAUCAGCAUUGAAACUAAGCUACAGCAAAGUGUUACUCAUUUUCGUUUGUUCAGUAUUUAAAGGUCUAAACUGAAGAUCCUGAUACUAUGAGGCUCUAAGAUCAUUGUAGCUGGUUCAAGAAUCCAGUAGGGGUUUUAAUGAGCAGCUGAAAACUGGCCAGGUUACUCUGCAUCAAAAUGCCUUCUACCAGCUUGUGCCCAUCUGAAAAGUAAACUGAAGUGAAAAGCAGAACAACCACUCCCCGUGUGUGUUGUGGUGAGUGUUUUGGAACCCAAGUGGCUUAGAGCUUUUGCUUUUGAAGCUAUGUUUCUGGAGAUAGAUGGUUAAAGUGAAUUGAGGCUAGCUGGUUUGCAAAUCUGCUAGAGAUGAAAUGAGAAAAGGCAAUCCAAAACCAGAAGUAACAAUUCAGGAGCUAUUUCCUUAUGCAGGAUCUGCUUUUUAGUAAUACACACAGGAAUACUUCUCUAUCCUGGCUCUGUACUGCAGUCAUUAGUGCAAGUAGCUGUGUACAAUCUUUGAUCUCAUGUUGCUGGCGCUCUGGAAAGCAGAUUUGUCUCUUAAUUUUCUUCUUGUUAUAUUGAAGUACUUAGGGAAGUCUAAUCCAGCCAUAGGAAAUGGAAGCACAUUUUAAGCGGUUUGUUUCCCUGAUUUUUUGUUUCUGUUGUGGUGAUGCCAAAGCCAAAAAGAGAUUGAGCUUCGUUUAUUCUGUUUUCUUGAAGCAUCACAUGUUGUGCAGUCAGACUUGAACAUCAAAGCACCUAUUUAUUAUUUCCUUACCAUUGUUAACUUCCUCUACAAGUUUUAACUUCUUUAUAAUGAAAUCUCUGGCUACUGAAAUCCAUGCGCGGAAAAAUGAGCUUGUGCAAAGCAUGAGUUUGUCCUUAACUGCUUUCAGUACGGAAAAAGGACUUGUUGUGUUAAUGCUUCCAGCUUAAAGCUGAAUGUCUCCUAAAGUGCUCUUCAAACAGGACACAAUUCACUAAGACCUAGCAAAUUUUGUCUUAUCUCCCCUUGGUUUAUCAAAAGCUUGAUGUAAUCAGGUUUUCCUUGUGCUGUUAAUCACCGUAGCCUUCUCAGCAAAGCGUUUUAAGAAUGUAAUAGGUUACUCGCUCCUUCCUUCAGUGACACUCUUCUUUUUCUGCUGUGAAAGGUUUUCAGUUCUUCAGUUCCCUUCUCAAGUAGGCUUCAAGUUGAGUAAGUUAAAAACACUGUGGUCUGUGGAUCAUUGAAGGAAAACUCUCUUUAUCUAAAGGGGUUUUUGUUACUUUGAAAAAGCAAUUCAUUGUCGGUCUUUGUCACUAAAGCUUCUAUCGAGCAAAACGAUUCCUGUGGAGGAACAGAUUUUCAAGGCUAGUUUGCCCCAGGCAGUGUUUGGAUUUCUUUACAGUGUGCUCAACCUCUCUGUCCAUACCUUUUUGCUUUCUCUUCAUUCUUUCUCUUCUAUAUUUGUCAUUCAGUUUGUUUCAGCUUUAACUUGGUUUUUCUUGUGUUGCAGAGGACCACACAUUCUGAGUACUUUCUGUGUCCAAAUGUUAAACACUUUGCAAGAUGAGAGGCUUGGCUGGGUCUUUACAAAUAGCAAGUUCUCUACUCAAGUAGGAAAACGUGGGCGAUCCUUUGUACCUUUCCUAGGCUUUGUCCAGCCCUUUCCCCAUACAGCAUUCUGCUUUAUGACCACACUGAGCUAAAACAUGUACUAAGUUGCUUUCUCUAUAGGUUCUCUUCUUAAUUAGGAAGCUUCUUAAAUAACUUAACAGUCAAAUUAGACUGAUGCACUUAGAAUACACUCUAGUCAGCUGUGCUUAAGUUACAAUGCCUGCUUUAAUGUAUUCCGAGGCUUAGUGAGAUAGAUUGAUUUGAGUGCUCCAGGUUAAGGACGACUGUCUCCUUCAAAAUAGUUCAAAGCCAGAAGCAAAGUUUAGAUCAUUAACUCUUUUGCUGUACAUUAUUUCCAGUGUUUAUUCCCUGAAUAUAAAAAUGAGAUGGCCUGGGAUGGCUCAGGAAGCAUACAUGUCAUCUGCUUUAUGAGACAGUAGGACCUGGCUUAGGGGAAUGGCAGUGACAUAGUGCUUGAAUAGUGCUCUUCAUCCGUAGGUGUGGAAACAAGAGCAGGAGGACUGUCAUUGAACCAGCUGUAUAAAAGAGGCAGAGGCAAAAAAAUGGCACAGAUGCAUGCCCCUAGUUCAUACCAAGAGUAUAAUUUGGGGAUCUUUACUCACUGUAUCCUGUGCUGUCUUUGCUGCAGGUAUUAAGAUCCUGUCCUGUACAUAGAAACUUGAUCCUAUUAAAUCGUUUCUUGUUUGGAGAUCUUAUACCACCUAUUGCUAUGAAUCUGUGACCAGGAGGGUCCUAUAGCAACGGAAGUCCUAAGCAGUUGCUGUGGUGCUGCCAACACCACACCCUGUGACUGUCUGUAAUGAAGGUGCAUGUGAAUGGGAGUGGGAAUGCAAAGUUUGUGAUCUGAGCUCAAUCUCAGGUGCAAGAGUCUUUGUCUGGGGCUGCACUGAGGUGCAGAAGAAAUUGUGACGUGGGAGAAGAGCGCAAGAGGAAUGAAGAGGUGAACUGGUGCCGUGUGUGAUGAUGAAAGGUGAUUUGCCCAAACCCAUAAACGAUUUUGGCUGCAAAACAGAGUUAGGACAAAAAAAAAAGCAUCCCAGGCUACUUUUUCAUGCAGUAGAAGCACAAUCAGCUGCCUUAGCAAACCUUUUGGGUUGGACCUCGUUCCCAUAAGUUUUCUGGAACCGGUAGGUUUUUCUGCAGCUUGCACUUGUGUCAUGGUCUUUGCUGGAGUAGUCAAAGUGAGAUCCAGUUCUGAUCUGAAAGACCAGGAGAGUAAAUCCUGCAGCCAGAUUUGCACGUGCUGCUUUUGCUCCUGUAACUUUUGCUUCGCCUGGCAUGACUCAAACGUCGCAGGCAGUUUAGAGCUGCUUGGAAGGUCACUUUUUAGGUGAUCAAAGGGAGAAUGUGGAAGUACAUCAGUGAUACUACCCCCUGUGGGGGCUUCAGCAGGUUGGAAACCUUUGGUGGAUUUCCCUGGCAUUUUUUUUUGUUGUCUUUGUUGUAUUCACGAAUAGAGAGUUAUGUUUUUAAGAGAUUGAUGUGCAGAUCUUUUCCUGGCAUUGCUGUGAGCAGGAGGGACCCUGAUGUGACUUUGCAGUGUGAUAACAUUUUUCUCUGAGUGAGCAACAUCUUGGUAAGUUUACCUUCCACUGAGUAGUUUUGAAUCACAAUCAAAUUGGGGUUUUUACAUCAGCUAUUAGGAAUAUUUUAUUGACAUAAUACUUAGCUGUGCUUGGAUUUACAGGUUGUGAUUUUAACUGUACACUUGAAAGGAGCUUAUGGUUUUAUAAAUAAAACUACAAAAUACACUGCAAAGACCUCUGGGGGUUGUGUUCCCUUCUGUUGGUAACUGUUAGAAAGCAGACUGCUCUCCCUCUGAUUGUGCACUUCAAGUCAUAGAGUCAUAGGCUCAUUAAAGUUGGAAAGGACCUUCAAGAUCAUCACCUCCAAGUGUAACCAAACUUCCCUGAGUGCCAAACUGGGUCGUGAAGCACCACAUCUCUUAGCACUUAUCUGGAGAAGGCUUCAAGGGGACCUUAUAGUGGCCUUCCAGUAUCCGAAGGGAACCUACAGGAAGGCUGGGAGAAGGUCUUGUAAUGACAGGACAAGGGGUAAUGAGUUUAAACUGGCAGAGGGGAGAUGCAAACUGUGAGAUGCUGGCACAGGUUGCCCAGAGAGGUUGUGGCUGCUCCCUCCCUGGAGGUGUUCAAGGCCAGGUUGGAUGAGGCCUUGAGCAACCUCUUCCAGUGGGAGGUGUCCCUGCCUAUGGCAGAGGGUUGGAACUGGAUGAUCCUUGAGGUCCUUUCCAAUCUAAACCA